UUACACUCAAGUACCGUCGAUGGUACUUAAAUAUUUUUAUUCUGUUUUUAAUUUUUCCGUAAAAUUGUGAAUCGAAUAAAAAUGAAAAAUAAAUUCAUUUUCAAUGAGGGCAAUCAGAUCAAUCAAAUAAUAUGCGCUAUUUUUAUCAACAUCCCGGCGAUUUCAUACGGCACCACCAUAGGUUGGAUGUCACCAAUGACGCUUCUAUUACAAUCGAAGGAUUCACCAACUGAAGUUCCUCUCACAGAUAUCGAGAUAUCCUGGAUAGCGUCUCUUCCAUAUUUAAUAUGCGUCCCAGCAAAUUAUUUGGUUGCGUACGUUGGUGAUAGAUUUGGAAGAAAAUUAUCUAUAAUUUUUAUGUCUACGGUGUGCGCGGCGUGUUGGAUCCUCAAACUCUCUUCAUACAACAUCUGGGCGUUCCUAAUAGCUCGAUGUUUAGCCGGUAUAGCAAUGGCCGCUAGUUGCGUCAACUGUCCAGUGUACACGAAGGAAGUUUGUGAUAAUAACAUUAGAGGCGCUCUGGGAUGCAUGUUGGCGUUAUUUUUCACGAUAGGUAGUCUAUUCUCGUAUGUCAUCGGAGAUAUGUUUAGCUACCGUACAGUUCUAUGGAUAUGUUUGUCUAUACCUGUGUUCCAUUUGAUCACAUUCGCAUUGAUGCCCGAAUCACCAUCGUAUUUAGUCAAAAUUGGUAAAGAAGAGGAAGCAGCCAAAGCAUUAUCUUGGUUAAGGCGUAGAGGCAAAAAUCACUACACAAUACAAAACGAAGUUGAAGCUAUAAAGAAAGAGCAAAAGAACGACAUCGACGGAGAUAAAUUCCUAAUAAAAGCAAUUCUAAAGGAUAAGGUUUUAUUCAAAGCAUUUCAAAUAGCGUUAAUGGCGGCAUUGGCUAGGGAAGUAUGUGGCGCUGUCCCCGUAUUGAAUUUCGCUGGUGGAAUAUUCGCUAUGGCAUCGGAAGGCACAGGCUUGAUUCUAUCGCCUAAUCAACAAGCGAUGAUGUUGGGUGUCGUUCAGUUGACGGGUUCUUUACUCGCUUCGAGUGUCGUCGAAAAAGUUGGAAGGAAGGUUUUAAUGGCUGGUACUUGCCUGAUCUCUGGUCUGAGCAUGUUUUGCUUGGCGUCCUGGUUCCUAGCCAGAGACUAUUCCUACUUCGCGCCCGCUUGGAUCCCGGUCUUUACUCUCUGCUUGUGCAUACUAUGCGAUGCAUCCGGACUUCAACCCAUUUCCGUAGUUAUUACUGGAGAGAUAUUUUCAUUCAAGUAUCGAGGAUCAGUUUUAGCCACAACAAUGGCAAUAGCAUCUUUAGCGGAUUUCCUUCAACUAUUAUAUUUCAAACCACUAGCAAGUUCUAUUGGAGUACACUAUGCCUUUUAUUUCUUCAGUUUUAUGUGUCUCAGUAGUGCAUUGUACACCGUUAUUGUCGUACCAGAAACAAAGGCACGAGACCUUGAAGACAUCUACGACGAUUUGAGGGGAAAGAGAAAAGAGAAGAAUAAAGAAAUUUCUUCAAUUAGUAAUGGACCUUGAACUUUUAUAAUUUACUAUUGUGAUAUUUAGGUUAAA